UCUGCGGGCCGCUGGGCUCACUGCGCACGCGCGGCCUCCGGCUUGGUCCCAGGUGGAGCUGAUUUAGCCGAGCUGGCGCCGCCGUGAGCUUCCGAGAUGAGCGCGGCCGAGGCCGACCGCUGGGCUUGGCUGCUGGUGCUCAGCUUCGUGUUUGGGUGCAAUGUACUCAGGAUCCUCCUCCCGUCCUUCUCCUCCUUCAUGUCCAGGGUGCUGCAGAAGGACGUGAAGCAGGAGUCACAGAUGCGAGCAGAGAUCCAGGGCAUGAAGCAGGAGCUCUCCACCGUCAGCAUGAUGGAUGAGUUUGCCAGAUACGCCAGGCUGGAGAGGAAGAUCAACAAGAUGACUGAUAAGCUCAAAACUCACGUGAAAGCACGGACAGCUCAGUUGGCCAAGAUAAAAUGGGUUAUAAGUGUUGCUUUCUACAUAUUGCAAGCUGCCCUGAUGGUCACACUCAUCUGGACGUACUACUCUGUCCCUGUGGCCGUGGUGCCGAGUCGGUGGAUAACUCCACUAGACCGCCUGGUAGCAUUUCCCACUGGAGUGGCAGGGCUUGCAGCAAAGGAGCUGACGUCUAGAGGACUUACGUGUCCAGUGUCACCGAAAUGUGAAGUAGCAGGGCUACAGUUCAACCCAAGCCUGCCUCCGUGAUCCAAGCCCAAUACCUGGGGUCUGAUACCCCGUUUAUUGAAACAUCACCUCUGGUUCCCAAAUUCUGUGACUCCUUUUCAAUUCACGCUAUGCUUAGCCCCUCUGCAGCAUUUCCUGCUAUCGGCCAUUCUUUGACUUCUGAAAGAAUUUCUUUUGGGUGUUAAAAUUAGUACAUGUCAUCGUAGAAUGAUUAGAAAUAUAAGAAAAAACUUUUAAAAAGACUCAGUAGCUGUGGAGAACCGCUCUUAACAUUGCAGUAUAUUUUUUCCAGUUUUCUUUUCUAUUUAUUUUUGUAUGGUUAAGGUUAUCUGGCACAUACAAUUUUUUACCCCUCUUAUUAUGUCAGUCUUUUUCCACAUCAAUAAAUUUCUUCAGAGUAGAGACGGACGUGCUGCUGGGUGUGCUGAGAGGGCAGCUUAAUAAAUUUCUUUAUUAAGGAAUUUUGAAUAGCUGUUCUUGAUUUGGAUGUGUCAUAAUUUACUAAUUUCCCUGUUAAAGGAUAUUUAUUUAAGUCCCCAGUUUUUGCUGUAGAGAUGACGCUGCAGUACACAUCCUGGUCAGCCAGUCUUUGGCUGUGAUUUGUGAUCACGCUGGAGGUGAAUUGCUAAGUCAAAGGGAUGACCGUGUCAAAGAUUUCCAAUUUAGCCAGGCCCCUUCCUUCCCCUGCCCCUCCCUCUUCCCGGACCCAGCCAGGAUUGUUGUAGCUGGUGGCUCUCAGUGUUGCUGAGCUGAGGAGCCAGAGGCCACCCUUCCGGGCAUCUUGUGGCCUCUCUUCCUGUCUCUCAGCAUCAGUGGGGCAAGAAAGGUGUGGGUAAACAUUCCUUCGUGCUUGUAAUGCUUUGGUGGGAAGGGAAAAACAGAUCAUCUGACAGGGUGGUCUUACAGUCUAUUAAUAUCAUAAAUAAUGAUGCACAUCCCUCUGGCAGGAAAGAUAAAUUCAAAUCAUGGUUUGUUGUUUUGAGUAGUUCCUGCUUAGUAAAGAAGGCAGCUCUGUGAAUCAGUAGAAAGUCUGUGGGCUUCCCUGGUGGCGCAGUGGUUAAGAAUCUGCCUGCCAAUGCAGGGGACACGGGUUCGAGCCCUGGUCCGGGAAGAUCCCACAUGCCACGGAGCAGCUAAGCCCGUGUGCCACAACUACUGAGCCUGCGCUCUAGAGCCUGAGAGCCACAACUACUGAGCCCACGCUCUAGAGCCUGAGAGCCACAACUACUGAAGCCCGCGUGCCACAACUACUGAAGCCCAUGCGCACCUAGAGCCCGUGCUCCGCAACAAGAGAAGCCACUGCAAUGAGAAGCCCGCGCGCCGCAACAAAAGAGUAGCCCCCGCUCGCCACAACUAGAGAAAGC